AUGCCCAACGCAUUAAUGGCACCCAACUACCCAGCCAACAUGUCCACGUGGGCCCCACAUGGGUUUUAUCUGGGUUAUAUGGGCAUCACGUGGGCAUGGGGUAGCCUGAAGCAGAACCCUUUGCUGAAAACUGUCAGUAAAAAAGAGCUGGAGACUGCGCUUGGUAAAUGGUUCACAAAUGCAAGAGACAGAGAAGGCAACUGUGCUUUGAGAGCUCAGCGGGACCAUGAUCAGAGGGCAGUACAGCCGGAAGUCACCAUAUCUGGAAGAGGAAAGGGUGGAAAGGGACUCUGCAAAGGAGGCGCUAAGCGCCACUGUAAGAUUCUGCACAAUAACAUCCAGAGGAUCUACGAACAGGCUAUUCGCUAUCUGGUUCACCGUCUUGGUGUUAAGCAUAUUCCCAGGCUGAUCGAAGAGGGGACAGUGGUGGAACUGAAGGUGUUCUUGGAAAACAUAAUAUGCGAAGCAGUCACCUACAUUGAGCAUGCAAAGAGAAAGACUGUCACCGCUAUGGAUGUGGUGUAUGCCCUGAAGGGCCAGAGACCCACUCUUUACGGCUUCCCUGAAACGUUUGCAAGUCAUUCUUUAAAAAGCAAAAAAAAAAAAAAAAAAAAACAACGUCCCAAGAAAAAGUAAACGUUUGUUUAUGUCUUCUUUCACUAAACGGCUCUUUUAAAAGC